CCAUGCACAGAAAUUCAUUUGUCAGCUGUUCAUCAUGCCAAGAUUAAAGAAUUCCCAUCAAGAUUCCAUUUUUUCUGUUUCUUGAUGGAGAUGGAUGCUAACUGAGAAAAUAUUUUCUGUUGAUCAAUGUGGUUCAGUGGUGUAACCAUUAGAUAAGUCAUCUGUGCAAUAUGGAUCAAAGAUCUCGAUUUAUAUGCCUAAAUCAAACAGAUUCCAGGAAAUUGCUGUUCUUACUAGGGAUAGCAUUUGGUUUGGUUAUGGUUUUGCAGUUUUUUGAACUCCCAUAUGAUACUAUGUUGUCUUCAUUGCUGUCUGUUGGGAAAGUAUCAUUUUCUGGGAAAAGUGUCUCUUCUGAAAGCAGUGAUGAAAAAAGAGACAUUUCAUCAUCUGCUUAUAGCCUUCAUAAAAAUGAUUCUUUUUCCCUUCCUGAUCAAAAUGUGAGUUCAAGUUCCAUUUCAAUGGCCUUAACACCUUCUUAUACUGUACCCUCCUCUCCCAGAAGCUUCAAUUUGAACUCAAUUCCCCCCACAGCUUCAAUGGGUGCAUAUAUUGUUAAGCAGAGAUUGCCUCAAAGUAAUGUCAGUGCAUAUAAUCAGCCUGGCAAUUCAUCGGUAAAGGGAAACCUCGAAACGCCAGUGUAUUCGAUAUCUGAGAUGAACAAGUUGUUGCAGCAAAGAUACACUUUUCCUCAGUCAUCAAUAUCGAGAUGGCACUCGAACAUUGAUGAUGAACUGCUUCAAGCAAAGGCAGAGAUUAUGAAUGCUCCUGUUCGUCCCGAUGGAGAUCUCUAUGGACCUUUAUACCACAACGUCUCGAUGUUCAAAAGGCACUGCUCAUAACAUCCAUCUGGAGCUAUGAGCUUAUGGAGCAAAAGCUUAAAGUGUAUAUCUACAUGGAUGGGCAAGAGCCAAUCUUCCAUUCUUCGAUACUUGAGGGAAUAUAUGCUUCAGAGGGAUGGUUCUUGAGACUAUUAGAAGCCAACAGGCAUUUUGUCACAGAAGUUGCAAGUGAAGCACACUUGUUUUUCUUGCCUUUCAGUUCAAGGUUGCUCGAGUUGACACUUUAUGUGCCACAUUCUCAUAGUCGCCAAAACCUUAUAGAUUACAUGAAGAACUACGUGGACUUGCUUAUUGGGAAGUACCCUUUCUGGAACAGGACUAAUGGAGAAGAUCAUUUUCUCGCUGCUUGCCAUGAUUGGGCCCCGGCUGAAACGAGAGGCAAAAUGCUGAAUUGCAUAAGGGGCCUCUGCAAUGCUGAUAUAAGAACUGGAUUUUUUAUAGGAAAGGAUGUGUCGUUGCCAACGACCUAUGUUCGUUCAUCGAGGAAUCCUCGCAAUGAUAUUGGUGGCGAGCCUUCUUCCAGGAGGCCUAUCCUGGCCUUCUUUGCUGGUUACAUGCACGGGAGAGUGCGCCCGUUGCUAGUCAAGUACUGGGGGAAAGAUCCCGACAUGAAAAUAGUUGAUCGGUUGCCUCGUGUCAAAGGUAAUAAGAAUUAUGUAGAUCUUAUGAAGAGCAGCAAGUAUUGUAUAUGUGCAAGGGGUUUUGCAGUCCACAGCCCUCGAGUUGUGGAGUCCAUUUUCUAUGAAUGUGUUCCGGUUAUAGUUUCUGACAACUAUGUGCCUCCGUUUCUCGAGGUUCUGAACUGGGAAUCGUUCUCUGUUUUCAUCUUGGAGAAGGACGUUCCGAAUAUGAAGAGCAUUCUCCUCUCGAUCCCCGAGGAAAAGUAUCUCGAGAUGAAAAGAGCAGUCAAGGAGGUGCAGAAACACUUCCUUUGGCAUGAUGAGCCCGCAAAAUAUGAUCUCUUCCAUAUGAUUCUUCACUCGGUUUGGUACAACAGAGUUUUUCGUACGAGAUCCUCCUGAAAUAUUAGGAUUAUAGAAGAUUUAUAGAUUAAGACACAUAUAGGGAACAUAAAAGAAAAUUGGCAAAUCUGAUUCUUCAUACUAUUAGAAGGCUAUUGAGUUCAUACUUGUUUGCUUUGCAUUUGUUGCAUUAGAGGGUAGACGAGGGCUAGCAUGAUCGAGAAGAGCCUGUCAACGUAGCCAUAGACGACUGCCUAACAAACCUAUUACCGGGUUUUGAUAGCUAGAACGAUUGCUGUAAUGCUGACAACCGUUAGGAGGGCGUUAGGCAAGUCAUCCUUGGCUACAAAACGAGGCGUUUCUCUUCAUGAGAGGCCUCUCUACCGCUAUAGCCAUUCAUCGUUUUUCCAAUACCAUGUAGAUUGUUUGUUGUUGUUUUAGUGGAGAGAAGAGGACUGGCAUGAUUGAGAAGAGCCUAUCGGGUAGCCAAGGACAACUGCCUAGCAAACCAAACACGCGUUUUGGAAGAGCGCUAGGCAAGUCAUCCUUGGCUACUAAACGAGGCGUUUCUCUUCAUGCAAGGCCACUACUCUUUCUUCUUGUUAUCCCUUCACCAUUUUGUGUUCUGAUGGAAAAUUGUUGCAGAGAACUGUAUUUAUAGUGAUCUGAAAACUGACACUUCAGCCAA